UAGCACCGACCCAAACAAGCAGGAAACAGGAAAUGUUCACGUUUGAAGGAGGCUGAAACCCAGCGCAGCAUCAUGACCGAGCUGAGGCGAGCUGCCAUGAAGUCUCCCCAGGCUGCGCUCCUCUUUGCCCUGGUGCUUGCGCUCGUCCACACUGGCUGGGGUGAUGAAGAGGACCCAGACCUGUCAACACAACUAACCUCAGAGAAGGAAGAAACCAAUGAAGGGACUAUUUUAAGCACACCUGCUGCAGCGACCACAGAAACAUUUGCUAUAGAGACGAAUUCUACUGCCGUGGAUACUGACGAGGCAAAUCAGCUAGAGUUUAUACUAAUGGUGUUGAUUCCAUUGAUUUUAUUGGUCCUCCUGCUUCUGUCAGUGAUACUCAUUGGAACAUACUAUAAAAGAAAAAGAACCAAGAAAGAGCCUUCUAGCCAAGGAUCUCAGAGUGCCUUACAGACAUAUGAACUGGGAAGUGAAAACGUGAAAGUCCCUAUUUUUGAGGAAGACACGCCCUCUGUCAUGGAAAUAGAAGUGGAAGAGCUUGACAAAUGGAUGAGCAGCAUGAAUAGAAACGCCGACUGUGAGUGUUUACCUACUUUAAAGGAAGAAAAGGAGCCAAACAACAGCCCAAGCUACCUAAAUGCGUUCUGGAAGGAGGCAGAGAACAAUUUAAAAUUGAACUAACAAGGAAUUACAGAUGGAGGAGUUAAAGUGGCCCCUAAUUUGGAAGAUUGAAGAAAUAUUGGAGAAGGAGCCCAGUGGAUCAUUAAAACCUUCACAGCAGCUCUUUCUGCCCUCAGUUCUGGACUUCUCUCCUUUGCCCUCAGGAGGGUCUUUGGAAAAAAUAUGUUUUAUUCAGAAAAGAGGACAUAAUCCAAUUUAGAUGAUGAUAUAAGCCACAAGAUGACUGUUUCUGCUAUGGGCAGGAAGAAGAGGUACUAUAAAUUCUUCAGGUGUUCCCCAGGCAGCACUGAAUGUAGAUGAAGCCAACCAAGCUAGUUCAUGGGGCAAGAUAGUAGACUAUGAGACCCACAUAUUUCUCACCUCAUGGAACCUGUAUAGAAAUACCUCCAUCUUGCUGCUUGCUACUCUUUACCUGGUAUGACUUUCUGUUCAUAAUCUAAUGGACUCCCAUUUUCCUCUUUGAAGGACUGCCAUACUUUCAACCCUCUGUCUUAAGGGAGCUAGGGUGGGCAUAUCUGGGAAGCAGCCAAACAAAUUAAAGUCAGGAUUUGUGUCUUGAAGAGGGUGGAGCAUGAGCAGGGAAAACACAAGAGGCGGCGAGGAGGAGUGUGAGACACAGUUCUUAGAGAGUUCUCUGGGUAAACAGGAGAAACCAAGAUUAGUCGUGAAGACAAAAGUAGCAGGUCAGGGGACAAACACUGGAAGACGAGAUGGAGGCAGGAGUUAGACAAAAGUGGACUGGACAGGAGUGAGGCCAGGAGGGUUCUGGGUGAUUUCCAGAAUGGAGCUGAGCUAGCCAAAGUCUGCCUUUUUGGCCACUGGAUGCACAGUGAAUGAUGGUCGCCUGGCCUACGAGUGGAAGGGUAGAAAGUACACUAAAUUACCAAAUACUGUUUUUUUCAGUGUACCCAUCCUGCUUAUUAAGUUGGGAAACAGCUUCAGAGAGACAGUGUGAUCCUGAGGCAGAUUCUAAGUUAGGAUCUGUGCUCCCACAGAGUUGGGACACAUAUUCCAGCUCCUUCCAAAGCUAUGAGAAUGGCAGGGUCACUUCCUGUGGAAGCGGCAGCAACUCCUAAACCUCUGGCCAUGCCCAGAGCAGGUGUCAUGAGAUUUGGACAGGGCAAAGCCCAACACUUUCUUCUGAAUAAUAAAAAAAAUUAUCCUAAAUAAAUACACUUCUACUAAUUUUCUCUCCUCAAAAGUAAUGUUGGUGUGUUUGUUUAGACUUGACUUUUGGCUCCAGUGAGGAAAUAUCCAACUUGAACUAGCCCAGACAAAAAGGAAACUUAUCAGCUCAAAUAACCAAACUGGGGAAGGACAGGAAGUUGCUGAUCCUAGGGACAACCGGAAGCAGGUACAAGUGGAACGAGAGACAACUAGACCAGCAAUUCAACACAGUAGAUUCUCUAGUCUUUGUCUUCCCUUCAGUCUCAGAGACCAGCUUUCCACAGACUGCUGACCGUUGCACCCUGUGCAGCUGGUAACUACAGGGAUGCCAUCUUCCCAUGCUUACCACCAGAGUAGAAGAGAAUCUCCUGCCUUGGACACAACUAAGAGAAAUCUCCUGGAAGAAAUCUGAUUAGACUGUCUGGGUUUUAUGCCUAAUCUUGUGCAAAUGGGUAUCAGUUACUGGGACUGACAUAUCCCUCUAAUACCACAGGCUGAAGUGUGUGUGUGUGUGUGUGUGUGGGUGUGUGUGUGCAUAUAGUUGUGCUGUACACAUUGGUUGGUUGGUUUGCUGCUGGAAGGAUGGAUGGACGGAUGGACGGGUGGACGGAUGGACGGGUGGGCGGGUGGAUGGGUGGAUGGAUGGAUGCAGAAGCAGUUUCUAAAUAGAAUCAGAGUGCCCUGAGCAGAUGCUGAGUAUUCAGCACCAGCAAAGUACACAUAUCCACUAGUAUACAUGCCCUGUCCCCUUCCUUAUCCACAUCCAGAGUCAGAACUCCAGGACAGGCCAGGUUCUCUACGUGGGGGAUUUACUGAUGCUUUUCAUUUCCUUUGUGCAUUUCGAAUAUUUUCCAAAUGUUCUAUAGUUAAAAAAAAAAAAAUCUUUGUAAUGUAUUUUUUUUAAGAUUAGGGUGGGUAAGUUUUCAUUAACCAAGGCAGAAAUAUUGAGAACCAAAACAUAGAAAAACUCUAAUUUUAGUUCUCAUAUUGUUGACAUAAGACAUAAAUGUUUUUUGAAAUGUAUUUGCAAAGCUGAAUGAAUAUAUUCAGGUGUGUGUAGCCAUGACCAUAUUUUGUAGGAAGGAGAAAGAAUUCUGAAGGGUAGGAAGGCCUUCAAAGACUUGCUUCAUAGUGUGGACUGUAUAGUUUUUUCUGCAUGGAUUCUUGUAACCCAGGCUGAAUUUGGGCACACUUUAUUCAUUCCCUUUCAAGGACUAUGGGAGAAUCAGGGCAGUUUCUGGGCCUCUGGAUUUGCCUUAUGGCUCAAUGUAUAUCUUUGACAGGAGAGGAGGAUACAAGAAACUGUGAUGGUUAAGAUUGUGUGUCAACUUGGCUAGGCCAUGAUUCUCAGUGUUUAUAAUGUGAUUACUCCCAUGAGGGAUCUGUUGUGAGCAGCCAAUCAGUUGAAGGGGAGUUUCCUUGAGGGUGUGGCCUGCAUCCAAAUAUAAGCAGACAUUCUGGCUUUUUUGCUUGCUCUGGAUCCUGGGGCUGCCUACCGUUCCUCUGACUUCCAGUUCUUGGGAUUUAAACUAUCAGUUUAUCUGCUGACCUUGGGAUUCGUGGAUCUUCACAGCCUAUGAGUGGAGCCCUGCUCUCUGAUCUGCCGAUCUUGGGUUCUCCAGACCCUGCAGCUACGUCAAUCAGGAGAAGCCUUGUGGUCUUGCCUACCAAUCUUGGGAUUUGCCAAUAUUCAUAGCCUGUGAGCAAGAGGCCUGCUUUCCAACUAGCCCCAUCUUGAGUUCACCAGCCCCUGCAGCUACAUGAAUCAGGAGAAGCCUCUAUACUAAUCUGCUGACUUGGGACAUUCAAGCCUCUACAACCGUGUGAGCCAUUUCUCUGAUGUAAAUCUUCCUACGUAUAUAUUUGGAAACCCUGGUUGGCUAGGCUGCAAACCAAAAUGUUGGCAGUUUGAAUCCACUAGGCGCCCCUUGGAAACUGCAUGGGGCAGUUCUACUCUGUCCCAUAGUAUCACUAUGAGUCAGAAUUGACUCAAUGGUAACAGGUUUUGUAUAUAUGUGUAUGUGUGUAUAUAUAUAUAUACACACACACACACACAGAAACCCUGGUGGCAUAGUAGUUAAGUGCUACGGCUGCUAACCAAGAGGUCGGCAGUUCAAAUCCGCCAGGUGCUCCUUGGAAACUCUAUGGGGUAGUUCUACUCUGUCCUAUAGGGCCGCUAUGAGUCGGAAUCAACUUGACGGCAGGGGGUGGGUUAUAUAUACACAUGUAUAAUAUAUAUAUGUGCGUUAUAUAUACACAUAUAUAAUAUAUAUGUGUGUAUAUAUAUAUAUAUACCUUUACCGCUUUUGCCUCUCUAGAGAAUCUAGCCUAAGACAGAAGCUGAACGGGGAACAAGGCAGAACUGGAAAGAUUUUUUCUCCCCAUAAUGCCUGAGAGGAAAUGAGGAGGAGGUAUCAUGUCUAAUCACCUGAGUUCUUUUCAUUUUUUUUUUUUUUAUUGUGAGGAUCAUUUAACAUUAAAGAGCACUUUGAAUAAAGAGCAAAAUAGCCUCCAUUUUAAAUUCUCUUCCUUGUGCAUUUCUGUAGUUGACAAAGUUUCUAUAAUCACCACACACAUCUUUCAUAAAUUAAAAAAAAUUAUUGCUAAUAAAGUCUAGUCAGAAUUUAAAAAAUAAUAAUUCUUAAUUUCACUGGCCUAGCAAAGCAAUUUCUGUUUGGAGGUGUUUUGGAGUCUCCAUUUAUCUCUAGGAAAGAAAGUGAGAAGAGGACUGGCAGUGGACUGUGGUGUGGGGUUACACAGGACAACUUCCACCAGCAGCCCAGGGGGAGGCAUCCAUUGUUUCCUGAGAAGAGCAGGAGCACUUAACAUCUAUUUUGAGAGGGCAUAGAAAGGUCAGUGAGGGAGGAAGCUGGUUAGAAAUCCUGAACAGAGAAAAUACUAGAAGGCUUCCCCAAAGAUGCCACUGGGAUCCAUUCACUCAGCUAACAUUUAUUGAGUGCCUACAAUGUGCCAGGUGCUGAAGAUACAGAAGGGAGUUGGGAUAGCAUGGAAAAGCUCAUGGCCCUCAGAACCAGGCUGCUUGGAUUUAAAUCCUGACUGUGUGACUCUGGGCAGGUUACCUAACCUUUCCAUGGCUGUUUCCUCAUAGAAUUUUUGGAAAAAUUACAUAAGUCAAUACAUGUGAAUGCUGUGAACACUGAGUGCCCAGUGUGUGAUAAAAAUUAUGUAAGUGCACCCCGAAAGUAUGGCCCCUGGACACCCUGAAGUCACUCUUGAGGUUCACCCUUCAGCCAAAGGUUAGACAUAAAACAAGACUAAAUGGAUAUACCAACCCAGGGGCAAGGACUAGAAGACAGGAGGGGACAGGAAAGCUGGUAAUAAGGAACCCAAGGUGGAGAAGGGGAGAGUGUUGACAUGUCUUGGGUUGGCAACCAAUGUCACAAAACAAUAUGUGUAUUAAUUGUUUAAUGAGAAACUAAUUUGCUUUGUAAACCUUCAUCUAAAGCACAAAACCAAAAAUACCAGGUUUUGAUAUCAAAAAAAGAAUAAUUAUAUAAGUUCUGGUAGUUACAUGGUCACUGCCCUUAAGGAGUUCACAGUCCCAUAGCUGAAAUAGCCACAAACCUGGAAUCCGUGGAACAAGACAAGGAAUUGACAGCUUCAUUUGUUAAGAUAUAGAGUUGCUAGGAGGUGCCCCUGCUGAACAGCUGGUAGGAAAUCAUGCUGCCCAAGACUCUGUCCCCAAGUGCCAUUUCAAAGGUCAUUGGGUCACAGGUGUUCUCACACAAUGAGAGUCUUUUGAUGUGGGAAGGAAAGAAUAAUAAUAAAGACUUUUGUUGAGUACUUACUGUGUCGCAGGCACUUUUCUUAGUUGGUCAUGUGAAUGAAUUCACCUAACCUCCCAAGUAGGUUCCUAAUUUACAGAUGAGGAAACUAGGGCACAGAGAGAUAAAGUAAUUUGCUCAUGAUCACACAGAUAGUAUGUGUUGUGGCUGGGAUCUGAACCCAGGCAGUCUGUUUCCAAAAUCUCCCCACAUGCUACCGGGGUAACCUUGCAGAUGUGCCAUCUACAUCAACUACAGUGGAAUUGUGCCAAGGGUGAACUUGGAUACUACUCUGUCCAUUUAUUUGAGUAUCAUUCAUUUAUUCCUUCAGUCAACAUAUAUACUGAGCCCCUGUGUAAGAAGGGCACAGGUGGCCCUAUGGAGGUGCCAAAAGGAAGCCAGGAUCCUCCUCUUAGGAAGCUGUUUUACACCAAGGACACAUGGUAAUUAUGAGCCCAAGAGACAGAAAGGGCCACAUAAACCAGAGACUACAUCAGCCUGAGACCAGAAGAACUAGAUGGUGCCCGGCUACAACCAAUGACUGCCCUGACAGGGAACACAACAGAGAACCCCUGAGGGAGCAGGAAAACAGUGGGAUGCAGACCUCAAAUACUCGUAAAAAGACCAGACUUAAUGGCCUGACUGAGACUAGAAGGACCCUGGUGGUCAUGGCCCCCCGACCUUCUGUUGGCCCAGGACAGGAACCAUUCCCAAAGCCAACUCUUCAGAGAGGGAUAGGACUGGACAAUGGGUUAGAGAGAGAUGCUGGUGAGUAGUGAGCUUCUUGGAUCAGGUGGACACUUGAGACUAUGUUGGCAUGUCCUGCCUGGUGGGGAGAUGAGAGGGUGGAGGGGGUUAGAAGCUGGUGAAAUGGACACGAAAGGAGACAGUAGAGGGAGGGAGCAGCCUGUCUCAUUAGGGGAAAGUAAUUGGGAGUAUGUAGCAAGGUGUACAUAAGUUUUUGUGUGAGAUACUGACUUGACUUGUAAACUUUUACUUAAAGCACAGUAAAAAAAAAAAAAAGAAGAAGCUGUUUUAGAAGAUAAGACUUAUGCUCAAAUGCAGAGAGCUGCAAGCUCCCCAUGAACAGCAGAUAUAGCGCCAGAGACCCGGGGGGAGGAAGGAUGACUUUGGGUUGAGAAAGCAGGCAAAAUCUCAAUGAGAGAGUAGAGUUUGACCUGGGUCUUAAAUGACAGAAGAUUUUGGCAAAUGGGUAUUCAAGAAAAUGUCACCCAGGUGGGGGCACAGCAUGAGGAAAAGCCUGGAGACGGGAAAGCAGAGCUCAGUAUGGUCUGGCUAGAGCACAGAGCCUUCUGAGGGGGAGUGGGUGGAGAGGAGGACUGAUGGGAAGGUUAGAGCCUUGUUGAAUUCUGGGUGAAAAGUUGGAUUUCAUUUGUCAGGAAGCGGGGAGCCCUUGAAGACUUCUGAGAAUGGGAGCAAAAUGAUGAACACUGGAGUUUGGAGGAAUGAUUCUCAGUACGAGUAGGAGGAGUUUCAGGAAGAAAGGCAGGUGACAGGGAUAGAGUGUAGCAGCAGAGGGAAUCAGAAGGAGGAAAGACAUGGGAAGGACACUGAAAAUAUGAUUACAUCACUCCCUGCCCUCCCUUCACCACUUUGUUGUUGUUGUACCAUCCUGUGGAUUCCGGCUCAUAGGGACCCUAUAGGACAGGGUAGAACUGCCCCAUAGGGUUGCCCAGGCUGAAACGUUUACAGGAACAGAUCACCAGAUCUUUUCUCCCAUGGAGCAACUGGAAUGUUUGAACUGCCGACCUUGUCUUCCAUCAGUUUUAAGAUUAAGCUCAAAGUCCUUAAUGGAGCCUGAACCUUGCCUUUGGCUCUUGGAUGCCUCAUAACUCUUUGUGCUUCAGCCAACAACUUUCUUCCCAUUCCUGGAAUAUACAGUGCCCCUUCCUUCCUCGGGCCUUCUCAUGUGCCAUUUCCUCCAUAGUAUAUUCGACUCUGCCACCCCACACACCUGCCUACCUUUUGCCAAGUUAGACCCAUUCACCAGCAGGCUUCAGCUCAUUUUUACCUUCUACUCCAAGCCUUCCCUGACCCCCAUCGUCUGUUCUCAGUACUGUUUCUUUGUAGCACCUGUCACAGUUGCAAUUUUACAUUUGUUUGUGUGGUUAUUUAACUAAUAUCUCUUUUUAUUGUGGGGGCAUUGGUGGUUCAGUACUAGAAUUCUUGCCUUCCAUGAGGGAGAUCCAGGUUCUAUUCCUGGCCAAUGCUCCUUAUGGGCAGCCACCACCUGUACAUCACUUGAGGCUUGCAUGUUGCUGUGAUGCUGAACAGGAGCCAGCAGAAUUUCUAGACUAUGACAGACUAGGAAGAAAGGCCUAGUGAUCUGCUUCUAAAAAUCAGUCAGUGAAAACCCUAUGGAUUACAAUGGUCCGAUCCGAAACUGAUCGUGGGGAUUGGUGUAAAAUCAGCCAGAGUUUCGUUCCAUUGUGCAUGGGGUCACCAUCAGCUGGGGACCAACUCCAUGGCUGCUAAUCAUCUUGAUUGUAAGCUUUAUGAGAAGAGAUAACUGCCUGCUGCUGAUUGUAAGCUUCAUGAGAAGAGAUAAAUAUCUGUUUUGCUCACCCGAGUACCCGCAGCACCAAUCAUCUCUUGAGAUAUGCUCUCAAAGUGUUAGACCUAUGAAUGAAAAAUACAUAAGACUCAGUAACUGAUUGAAUAAGAGGAAUGAAAGAUAACACUUUCAUUGAGCACUAGUGACAGGAAAAGUGGUGUGUGUUGCCACUUACAACAACAGGAAACACAAGAGAAACAAUUUUCGGGGAAGAUCAGGAAUCCAGCAUUAUACAUAUUGAUUCUGAGGUGUCAGCAGGUCAUCAAUUUGUUCAGCAAACAAAAGGAAAUUUAACACUAGAAUUUAAGAGAAAAAUUACAGCUAGAGGAAGAAAGAGUGAAAAGGUAGAAGGGGUAUCAGUGAGGAUUAGUUUGCCUGUAUAUAGCAGAAAAUUCAAAAGACCAGAGGUUUACAUACAUGAAGAUUUAUUUUCUCUUCUAUAAGAGAAGUUCUGAAGUAGGAAACCCAGGGCUGGUGUGGUGGCUCCACAGUCAUUCAAGAACCAGGCUCACUCUUUCUUUCUGCUCCACCAUCUUAGCAUGUGGACUCUAUCCUCAAGGGUUCCUUGUGGUCCAAGAUGGCUGCUAGAGCUCUAGUCAUUAUAUCUGCCUCCCUGGCAAUAGGAAGGAAGAAGGGGGAAGAUAAAAUGCACCGUCCUGAAGGCCCAACCCAACGGCUUACACUUACACUUCAUUGGUGAGAAUCUAGAAAAGGGGUGCAUCUCUCUUCAAGGAAAGCUGGAAAAUGUAGCCUUUUGGCUAGCAUUGCUAUCUUGAAAAAACUCAGGGAUUCUGCUACUAAAGAAGAAUUAUUAUUUGGGCAACUGACUGAUUCUGCCAAAGAAGGUAACAACCUAGAUGAGAAAGUCAAGGUCAUGAAAGAGAUGUGAAGCUGCAUAAAUGUUCCCCUAGCUGAGAGGACUGACAGUACCUUGGUGACAGAUGUGGGGAAGUUUAGAGCAAGGAAUCUUAAUAAUCACCUAGUCCAAUCCCUACAUUUUGCCAAUGAAGAGACUUGACCCAUAGAAGCAAAGAGACUUGGCCAAAGUCACACAGCAAGUGUAUGGCAGAGGUGGCUAUAGGACUGGAUCCACUUAAUUAAAACCCUUUCAAGACCCAAUUAUUUUCUACUUUGAAUUUUUUUUUAUACCAUGUGUUUUCAUUAAUAGAAGCAUGCUGGAGUCAUGGAUCACAUUUAAAUUAUGGCCGUUAACCAAAUGGUUAGCAGUUUGGAUCCACUGCUGCUCCUUGGAAAGCCAUGGGCCAGUUCUACUGUGUUCUAUAGGGUUGUUAUGAGUCAGAAUCAACUUGAGGGCAACAGGCCUUUUUUAAUUUUUAUUUUUAAUAUGGAUGUGGAGAAAUAUUAUCUGGUACUACACGGUUGCCACAAAACUUUUUAGGUUCUCAAACCCGGUAGUUAGCAGUCACAUAUCUAUACCUCUGGGCCUUGGUUGCUGAUAUUUUUCAUGGUGCCUUCCACUAGGUACAUAGGGAACCUCUGGUUUCCCAAAUAUGACACAAAACAAAACCUACCAGAGCUGCCAAACUAUCACAUGGGAAGCCAUAAAUAUGCUUACAAGGCUUAUCUAGGUGUAUAAAAGCCAAAAGAGACCAACUUUUUACCCAAUGACAAUUCCUGGUUGCUCUACCUCGCUUGCAAGUCUCAAGAAACUAACAUUUCUUUCUCCUUUCACCAUUACACAAGUCCCCACUGGAGGGCAGCAAAUACUUUCAGUGGUAAAAGUAUACUCAAAGAAUCUGAGAGUCAGAAAAGGUAGGUGGUAUACCACAUGUACCACAGGUCAUGAAAGGGUUAAAUGAUAGAGCAGAUUGUAGGGAGAGUUUGUAGCAGCUCCACCUGAACAUUCCUGAAUAAAUGCUGACUGUAUGCAAUAUUACAAUGAUUCAAAGGACAACUGAAUGGCACUGACUUGAGUUUGAAUACCAGCUGUGUGACCUUAGGCUUCAACUUCUCUAAGCUUUAGCUCUGUGUAAUGGAUAAUGGCACAGAAUCGCACCCAUUAAGUGGUAAUUAUUGUAGUUAUUAUUAGAAAGCAACAAAUGCGUUUAGAAUAAUUGAAUGAAUCAGUGAAUAAAUUAAUCACGAAUGAGUGAAAUAGAACAGACAACUGUUUAUUGGAUGGUUUAGCUGCUCGCUUGCUAAGAGAUAUAAAGCUGGAGGGAUAGCUUCUUAUAUGCCCUAGCUUUAAAGUCUCUCAGUCUAGCUUUCUACAUUGCCUUGCUAGCAUCUGUGCUUCCUUGGGCUCAUUGUGGCCUACCUGCCAAACCAUGCCCCUCCUCUCCAUGAGCCUGAUCCCCUUCUAAACACAUCAAUCCUCUAAAGGAUUAGCUAGCACGAACUGCCUCUACUUCUCGAUUUAAUUUUUCUUUCUCAUCCUCAUAUCCCCCCUCUCAUGCAUUCCACUUUCUCGUCAUCAGCUUCCUCUCCCAUUCUUUAGGCGGCAUAAAAGAGUGUUCACGUAAGACUAAGCUUAGUGAUGUGAGACAAUGUAAAGAAGACAGUAGCUACAGACUGUCAAUUUGUUGCAGUGUGGUGGCUUGUAUGUUGCUAUGAUGCUGGAAGUUAUGCCACUGGCAUUUCUAAUACCUGUGGCGGACAGGUUUCAGUGGAGGUUCCAGACUAAGAGAGAUCAGGAAAAAAAGGCCUAGAGAUCUACUUCUGAAAAUUAGCCAAUGAAAACCCUAUGGAUCACAACAGAAUAUUGUCCAAUAUAGUGCUGGAAGAUGAGCUUCCUAGGUUAGAAGGCACUCAAAAUACAUAGUGGCUGCAACAAUGGACUUAAGCAUACCAACAAUGGUGAAGAUGGCACAGGACCAGGAAACAUUUCUUUCUGUUGUACAUGGGGUUGCCCUGCAUGGGAGCUAAGUCAGUGGCAACUAAUAAGCUACAGACUCUGGCCUUAAAUUCUGCAGUAUGAUGACAGAUGCAUGAGUCGUAACAACACCUCACAAAACAUGAUUAUGUUGAGGUAAGAUGCACAUACCUGUGCUGUAGCUGUACUUCUUACACCUUCCCCCUUACCUCUGACAUCUUCCCAACUCUCUGUCAUUUUCUCCUCAUUGCUACUUUACAUAGUUUUGAGUGAUUAUUAGUAAUCCUUGUGGAAAUUAAAAGGCUAGGGAAUAGCUAUAUUUAUGGUCUUUUCUUUUUAUAUUAAAAAGAACUUCAUCAAUUUAACAUCAAUGCUCAAGGUAAGAUAGCAUUAAAUUAACAAAUGAAACAUGCAAAAACCUGUAAACACUAUAAGCAAGAGUCUCACUAAAGUUAACUUAUUUUCAUAGGGCAUAUACCGGAUACUAGUUUUUAUCUGGAAAUGAAGAAUUAACGUCUGUUGUAAAAGAUCCCUUUCAUGACCCAAUUAUUUUCUGCUUUGAAUUUUUUGUUGAUACCAUGUAUUUUCAUUAAUGGAAGGCAGGCUGAAUGAAGGAGCAUUUUUGAAAUGUGGAUUUUGAUACAUAUUAUGUGGGGCACAUAUACCCCUCUGGAUUCUGGGGUGGGGUUCUGUGGCACACAUGUCCCUCUGGACUCUCCGUCACCUUCUAGAUCCCUUAACAGGUGUGCACCAUGUAUGACGCCUGAAACUGCGGCAUUUGCAUGCACACGGAAUCAUCGAGAGAAACGCCACUCCUAAAUAAUGCAAAAAAAUAUAUACUUAUAAGGCUUAUCUCACUGUACAAAAGCCAAAAGAGAUAAAAGUUUUGCACAAUCACAUCUCCAGGAUGCAACACCUCAUACAAUACCCCGUAAAAACAGUAAUUUGUGGCACAGGCCCGUUUCUUCGGUUUCAAACAGUUAUACAGGUUUCCACCUGCUGGCAGCAUGUACUGUCAGUGGGAAAACAGUUUCCCAAUAAACCUGAGAGGCUAAAAAUGUAGGUGGGUGCUAUAUGUCCCUCUGGUCAUGAAAGGGAUAUGGCAAUAAGUCCCACAUUGCUAUAAGGCAGCUGGAUAGGAAACAGAACUCAAAAUUUUCUUCUCUUGGAAGGUUUCAUAGCCAGAGAGCCUGAAGACAUCUCUGCAGUGAAAAUAUUCCUGCAUUUCCUCUCCUGUGGGGCUCUGCUUCUGCCACUAACUGGAUUUUGGAAAGCUGCUUCACUUCCCUGGGCCUCAGUUCCCCCAUCUUCAAAAUAAAGAAUCUAAAUUAAAUUUUAUCCAAGUCAACCGUUCUCCCAUUAAAGUGUGCAUAAAAAGCAUCUGAGCAGCUUCUUAAAUAUGCAGAGUCCCAGGCCACUACCCAGACACUAACUCUGUAGCCGGGGGUGUGGCUGAGUAGUCAGCAGUUUUAAGAAGCACCCAGAUGAUUCUCAAGCAGGGAGUCCAAGGAUCACACUUGGAAAAAGUCACUCUAAGCAAAUACCCAGACUCCACUUUCUGAGUCUGUCUCUGAAAUACAUUGCAAAUACGUUCUUUAAAAAAAAAGACAUAAGAAAGAGCCCUAUAUCUCCAAGAAAAAUGGUCUGAAGAGCAAGUGCUGUGGUUUUCCAGGGCUGCGCUGUCCCGAGCUCUCCCGUCUUAACCACACUUUGGGAAAGCUUCAUGGGAGACUGCCUUUUAUAUUAUCUUGCUGUUCCCCAUGAAAGUCUUAUCUUCUUCAAAGGGUGAGUUCACUGACAGUAGGGCCUGCUUUGACUUACAGGGCAUCUUAAGCGGCCCCAGCACAGUGCCCAGGGAGCCCCAAAGGCUUGCUGGGAUACCAACGCAAGUGAGCCAAUGGCCAGCUUAGUCCUGCAGGAGAAGGUCUCUUCAGUUUCCAGAGGAAUGGGGAAGAGAAUUGUUCAUUCACCAGUGGGAAAACCUUCCUCAAUCAUUUGCCCCUCAGCAUCGAAGUGCUUUUGUUGUUGACAGCUCUAGAGUUGGCCCCCAGCUUGUGGUGACCCCAUGCGCAAUGGAACAGAACACUGCCCAGUCCUGCGCCAUCCUCAUGAUCGGUUGUGAAUUGCUCCCUUGUGAUCCAUAGGAUUUGCAAUGGCUGAGUUUUAGAAGCAGAUCGCCAGGGCUGUCGUUCUAGUCUGUCUUACUCUGGAAACUCUGCUGAAACCUAUUCAGCAUCAUAGCAACACAUACAAGCUCUACUGACGGAUAAGUCGUGCCUGUGCCUGAAGUACAUUGCCCAGUAAUAAAACCCAGGUCUCCUGCAUGAAAGGCAGGAAUUCUACCGUUGAACCACCAUUGCUUCCGCAUCCAGGUGCAAUUACCUUGAAAGAUCAAUUCCCUUCACUACGAAUCUGAGAGGGAGAGGUGUUGUUGUUGUUAGGUGCCGCUGAGUCAGUUCCGACUCAUAGCGACCCUAUGCACAACAGAAUGAAACAUUGCCCUCACGUAUUGUUUUGUGACAUUGGUUGCAAUCCCCACAAUGUGACAGCACUCUUCCCUUUUCCACCCCGGGUUCCCUGCGUCCAAUCAUCCAGUUCCUGUCCU